CACACCGACCUACAGCUACCUAACUGACCUUCUCCAACCCAAACUGCAGCACGCAUCUUCAUUGAAGCGGUGCGUUGUAACACACCUUGUCCAGCCGGUAUGGCGAAUUGCCCCAGCAGAGAGCAGAGUGUCAACCAUUGACAACCUGUGACCGGUUGAUCUUCCGAAAAAGAAAACUUGUUCUGCAAUGAUUGCUACCACCAGCACUUGGUGGUUGAGCUUUCUGAGCCAUAAAUUUAGACGAAUUUGAAGAGUGCAAGAUCUGAAGAGAAAAAAACUUCUAGCUAAACGUGCACGAAGAUGCGUUUUGCUGAUUUGCAUACGAGUUGUUCGGCAUUGCGUCGUUGUCUGCAGUGCGGAGGAUCUUGUUUGGCUUUGGCUUUGAGUACCCGCAUCAAAGUGCCGUUUUUGGGGGGAAGUUUUGGGAUGCUUAGAGUUCAGUUCUUGGUGGAGGAGAGAUUUUUUUUUGCUGGUGCUUUUCACCGCCGUUGGUUCUACUAUAUAAAGUAUGUGCUGUUGGGCGAAUCUACAGCCAGUUGGUGGUGAGCUGGAUCAGAUUCGAUAGCUCGUUUGCAAGUUCGCUUCUUUUUUGUUUGCCUUGGGUACAAGUUUUUCCUGCACCAGAACACCGCGCAUCAUCAUGAACAAACAGUUUGGACUCUUGCUGGUGGUGGUCUCGUGUGCCAUGGCUGCACCCCAACGAAGACCCGUUGCUGCCAACGGUUCCGGAGGAGGUGGUGCUUCCAAGGGAGGUCCGGAAAGUACGGCCACAAUCGUGCGCCAAGAACAGCAGCUCAACGCGGACGGGUCGUACAACUUCCUGUACGAGACGAGCAACGGCAUCCGGGCGGCCGAGAGUGGAUCCGUCCCCGAGGGAACGCUGGCCAACGGGGAGUUCUCGUACACGGCCCCCGAGGGUGACAAGAUUGCGCUGGCGUACGUGGCUGACCAGGGCGGUUUCCAGCCGCAGGGUGCCCAUCUUCCGGUGGAACCACCCGCGCCGGAACACGUCAUUAAGAGUCUGGAAGACAUCCGGGCCAACCCACCGAAGGACUUCAAGGACUUUAACGCGGCCUUUCUCGACGCCGUCAUCGCCAGGCUGAAGGCUCUUCAAGGCUAGACAAAACAACAGAAAAAAAAAUCCAACCACCAUCAAAGAGUUUCGUGCUCGUCCUGCCAUUAUUUCCACUUAGGCCAAUUUAUGCUGUAGCACAACUUCCUAGAAGCAAAUAAAGAAUGUUUUUCCCCCCACGCCGCAUCGUGAUGUUCCGUGGGGAGGAAAGAAAAGAAAAAGCUUUCUGCGUUGGUUGCCCCUAUUACAGAUCGGUCCAACAAGAGACUGGUUAUUAUGUUAUGCCCUCUGGGGUAACGACAAAGAUCAAUGUGUUUCGGGCUUGUUUCCUGGACCUCGACUUGGGUAAUGUUCUCGUAAUUUGAAAGAUAUCAUUCAAUGUACAUUGAAGUUGUACAAAAAACGGACUUUAUUGAUGUUUAUUACAUAACUUUUUUAUGUUACUUAAUUUCUUCUUGGAUUACAUGGUUUUAAUUACUGUAAUUUAUAAUUUAAAAAAAAAAAACAUCAUUAACUUCCGCCAAGCACCUAAUUUUGAUAAAGUUUCGACUUUGAUGAUGAACUGAUGAACUGAUGAUGAUGAAAAUGUCGUCAGUUCAAACACUGGGGUGGAAGGUUCCUUGGAGUAGAAAGAGGUUUGGGUGCUCUCCCCAUUCAAGCCUUCGGACUCCUAGGUUCGAGCAGAAACUUGCAAAAGAGACCACAAAAGACCCGGGGGUCGUUAAUGUGGAUGGUUUGAUUU